AUGACAAAGGAGAUCGAGAAUCAUGUCAGCCAAUGUUACAAAUGUAUCAGGAGGAAAAGAGGAACCACAGUAAAGGCACAACCCGUAAGCAUCAAGACCACACAGCCCUUGGAAUUGGUCUGCAUGGAUUUCCUUACACUGGAACCAUCCAACGGAGGACAACAGUGUAUACUAGUGGUCACCGAUCAUUUCACCCGCUACGCCCAGGCUUAUCCCACCAAAAAAAUGACUGCUCAAACAACAGCUGAGGUCUUUUUCAAGAACUUUGUCGUCAAUUAUGGAUUACCCAAGAGAAUCCACUCAGACCAAGAAGCAAACUUUCAGGAAAACCUUAUGAAGGACUUGUGUAAUCUCACACAGAUUGAUCAGUCCAGGACUACUCCUUACAACGCUAUGGGAAACGGACAGUGUGAGAGGUUCAACAGAGCACUACUGAACAUGCUUGGAACCUUGGAUGCUAGUGAAAAGAAGGACUGGAAGAGCCAUGUUGGUCCUCUCAUGCGUACCUGCAACUCUACAAGGCACGAGACAACAGGAUAUUCACCGUUCUUUCUUAUGUUCGGAAGACAGCCAAGACUCCCUGUAGACCUAGCAUUUGGACUAGAUAUUGAACCAAGCAAGGCCAAUUCUCUGUUGGAAUACACUAUUUCCCUGAAAGAUCGACUGAAACAGGCAUAUGAACUCGCUGCUGAAUCUGCCACCAAAUCUCAAGCAAGACAGAAGGCUAACUAUGACAUCAAAGCCAGAGCUGCCAUGUUGGACAUUGGAGAUAGGGUGCUUGUUAAGAUCGUCGCAUUUGAUUGGAAACACAAGAUCGCUGACAAGUGGGAAAAGGAUGUAUAUGUCAUUCUUCAUCAGCCUGAUCCUGCGAUACCUGUGUUUGUAGUUGGGAAGGAGAGAGACGAUGGGAAACGGAGGUCCCUCCACAGGAAUUUACUUCUUCCCAUAGGAUCUCUGCCACAAGCAGUCCCAGGUGCACCCGUCCCAAUUCCAAGGUCUCGGAAAUCCAAGACGCCAGUUGCUCCAUCUGGAUCAUCAAUCCAGGAACAGGAGGAUUUGGGUCAGGAUCAAGAGGACGAUUCAGAAGAUGAAAUUUGUUUUGUGCCCGUGACCUCACCAGAACCCUCAGUUUCAGCUGGUGUACCGGCUGAUAGGCCACCUGAAAGUGAGGCUGAAGUUGUGACAGAUGCCGCUCUGCAUGAGGAUCACCGAGAUGAAGAGCCAGAGAGAGCCACAGAUGUUGAUGGUGAUGAAGUUGGAGAUAUCCCAGGUGAUGAAGCGGUUUCUGCACCAGAAGACAUGCAGAUAGAAGCUGAAGUUCCGGGAUCAUCUGUACCACCUGUCAAGUUAUCUAAGGGUGUUGAUGCUGCUGCACAAGAGGAUGUGCACACGGAAGUAGAAACUUCUGAGCCACCACCAACAAGAACCACACCCGAAGGUAAACCUCGGCGGAGGAUACUACCUACCCCACCACUAAGGAGGUCACAGAGGGAACGGCAGAAACCAUCGUGGCAGACAAGUGGCAAAUAUGUGAUGGCAGCUAGGACAACACCAAAACCGGACUGGAUCUCGAGAGCAGACUACCUUAGUUCUCUCAUAGCUACAGGAGUGGUAGCCAGUAAAUGUGAUAAGGCAUAG